AUGACGGACACGCGGGCGAGCGCGCAUCGGUACGUGGUGCCGCCGCUGGUGCGGUGGGUGUAUCCGGACGCGGAGGACGCGCACCACGCGGGCGUGCGGUUGCUGCGGCGGCUGUACGGCUGGGGUCUGCACCCGCGCGAGCGCGGGUGUCCCGACGGCGAUGGGAAGCUGGUCACAGAGGUAUUCGGCCACACGCUGAGCAACCCGAUCGGGAUCUCGGGCGGGCUGGACAAGGACGCCGAGAUCCCCGACGCGCUGUUCGCGCUGGGCCCGGCGGUCGUCGAGGUCGGCGGGUGCACGCCGCGGCCGCAGGACGGCAACCCGCGGCCGCGCGUGUUCCGCAUCGCGUCGCAGAACGCGCUGAUCAACCGCUACGGACUCAACUCGCAGGGCGCCGAGCACAUGGCGGGGCGGCUGCGGCGGCGCGUGCGGGCGUUUGCGCGCGCGCACGGGUUUGGCGCGGAGGCGGAUGUGGAUGAGGAGGUGGCGGCGGCGGCGGUGGCAGAGGCAGGGGUGCCGGUGGGCAGCCUGGCGGCGGGGCGGCUGCUGGCGGUGCAGAUUGCGAAGAACAAGACGACGCCGGACAGCGACAUGGCGGCGGUGGAGCGCGACUACGUGUGGUGCGCGCAGCAGCUGGCGCGGUACGCCGACAUCCUGGUGGUCAACGUGUCGAGCCCCAACACGCCGGGGCUGCGCGACCUGCAGCGCACGGCGCCGCUGACGCAGCUGCUGACGGCGGUGGUGGGCGCGGCGGCGGCGGCGGCGGCGGAGGAUGGCGGUGGCCGGCGGCCGGCCGUGAUGGUCAAGGUCAGCCCGGACGAGGACAGCGACGAGCAGGUGCGCGGGAUCUGCGCGGCGGUGCGGGCGUCGGGCGUGGACGGCGUGAUCGUCGGCAACACGACCAACCGGCGGGCGGUGGGUGGUGGUGGUGGGCUGUCGGCGGCGGAGCAGCUCACGCUGGGCGAGACGGGCGGGUUCUCGGGGCCAGCGCUGUUCGAGCGCACGGUGGCGCUGGUUGGGCGGUACCGGCGGGUGCUGGACGAGCAGCAGGCGGGCAUGGUGCUGUUUGCGUCGGGCGGGAUCACGGACGGGCGGCAGGCGGCGGCGGUGCUGAACGCGGGGGCGAGCGUGGCGAUGGUGUACACGGGGCUGGUGUACGGCGGCAGCGGCACGAUCACGCGCAUCAAGGACGAGCUGCGGGCGACGCUGUAG